AUGCCAUUGAUUCUCGGAGGUCUAGCGGGAGCAGCAGUUGGUUUCGGGGCUGCGGCGUGGCUGGAGAGGCGGAAGCCCCCACCAGGCAAAGAUCCCAAUGUCAAGCACGCGUCCUUGGGUGUAGUCCGGCUGGAUUGGGCCUAUCAUCCACUGCCGGGAGAUGUGGGGAGCCCUGACAGCUUCGAGUACCCUGUCUACUACCGCGCAGUGCCAGGUCUGACUUUCGAAAUUUGCCAGUCUGGCAAGAUGACCCCGGAGAUUCAACAGAACUUCAAAGAUGCCAUCGAGUUCUUGGACAAAGAGCGGGGGGUCUCUGUCAUAACUUCUGAUUGCGGCUUCUUCAUGUGGUUCCAGAAUGAGGCCCGCCUCUACACUUCCAAGCCGGUGGUGAUGUCCUCGCUUGCCCUGCUUCCCUCUUUGCACGCCUCCCUCGGCACAGAUGGUAAAGUAGCCAUCUUCAGCGCAAAUAGUACGAGUCUGGGACCAAUGCAUGACACCGUGGCGAAGGAGUGCGGUGUGGAUUGGAACCAAGGUUGCUAUGUGCUUGUGGGCUGCCAAGAUGUAGACGGCUUUGAUGCUGUGGCUAGCGGCGAGCCUCUCGACCUAGAGAAAGUCACUCCUGGCAUCGUCCGAAAAGCCAAGCAGGUCGUUGCUGAGCAUCCGGACAUCCAUGCAAUUCUGAUGGAGUGCACGCAGCUCCCUCCGUUCUCAGAUGAUGUCCGUGCAGCCACAGGCCUGCCAGUCUACGACGCCAUCGUCUCAGCUGACUUUUUCAUUCGGGGCUUUGUGGACAAUCCACGCUUCGGGUUGAACGACUGGCACCAGGCCUGGGACGGGCAGCAAGAGAAGUACAAGCUCGGUGACAAUGUACAAGACAAAGCGAAGCUGCUCCACUACAAGCCCUAG